UUGUUGGGUGCUGAGGUGACUCAAGGGCGGAGAGAUCUUCAGCUCUGCGGGGGGCUUCCGGGCCGACAUUCCCCUUCGUCUCACCGGAUACUGAGGCCGUGCGCUGCACUUCGGGUCACACUGAUCCACAUCCAGACCUGCUCUGCUGUAUCUUGAGCCCUCUGAUGUUUCUGCAGGCUUUCCCGCAAAGACACCUGACCGUGAAUUCCUCUCCCGUCAGUGUUGUCAGCUUCAGCUCCCUCCGCUCGUGUUUCCUGUCCUGGCCGCUGCCGCCUCAGACGGGACCCGCUCCACUCUCCGGACUGCUCCCGGACCAGCGUCCUAUUCUCCCUUCCCUGCUCUACCGGGGCUGCGGACAGCCCUUCCGUUCGUUUCUGCACAGUUCAUCUUCAGCAUUGGUUGCUGUGGUCGCAGCAGUUUGGGAUCUGAGUCCAACUCUCCCGAGCUGCCCGGGGGGACGGAGUGAGCCAGAGAUUCCGGGGAGGCUGAACUUCAUCGAGAGGGAGAGCAGGCUCCAAGGCUCAGCAUGAUGUAUUCUGGAGAUGAUUACUACGACAACAUUUCUUUAUUUGGAAACUACACCUAUGAGAACUUACCUGAGGAUUCUGGGACCCAACAGCCUGCAGCCUCCAUCUUGUCCAUCUUUGUCUACGCCCUCACUUUCCUGUUGGGCGCCCCUGGCAACGGGGCCGUCAUCUGGGUGACAGGCUUCAAGAUGAAGCGGAGCGUCAACACGGUGUGGUUCCUGAACCUGGCUGUGGCAGACCUGACCUACUGCCUCAGCCUCCCCUUCCAGAUGGCUAACGUUGCCCUGGGAAACUCCUGGCCCACAGACAACGUCCUCUGUAAGCUCAUUCCCUCGGCCAUCGUCCUCAACAUGUACGCCAGUGUCUUCCUAUUGACCAUGAUCAGCGUUGACCGCUGCCUGGCCGUCACUAGGCCCGUUUGGUCCCAGACUCACCGGUCCCUGUCUUGGGUGCGUGCGGCCUGCCUUGUGGCCUGGGGCCUCGCCUUCCUCAUGUGCCUGCCCACUCUGCUGACACGGAAGGUGUACAUAGACCCUGAGUUCGGCUUUACUUACUGCACCUUGAACUACACUGGGACUUAUUUUGGAGACCGGAGCAGGGAGGUGGUGGAGGUGACACGGGCCCUCUUUGCCUUCAUCUUCCCCUUCCUCAUCAUGGCAUUCUGCUACCUCCUGAUUGGCCAGAAGCUGCAGAGGGGCAAGUUCGCCAAGUCCAGCAAGACCAGGAAGCCUGUCCGCCUCAUUGCUGUUGUAGUUGCCGCCUUUUUCCUCUGCUGGCUCCCAUACCACAUCUGCGGCCUAGCUCAGGCUUUCUCCAAACAUCCGGCGGCCUGGGUCUGGGAUAGCUUCUCCGUGGGCCUAGCCUCCUUCAACAGCGCCCUGAACCCCAUCCUCUAUGUCUUUGCCGGCCGCAACUUCCGCCAGGUUUUCCGGCGUUCCCUGUCCACCUCGCUCCGUUUGGCCUUUGUUGAGGAGCGGACGGAGUCAGCCGGCAGCACUCACAUCAAGACCAUCUCCAGUAUAGAUGCCAGUGUGUGAAGGCUCUCCCUCUAUGUCCCGCCAAUGCUGCUCCUCGCUCCGUCCUGCCAUUGAUACCCCUUACCCCAUCUUGCCCUGUGUCACCUCCCACCAUGAUAGCACCCGUUCCCCCCCCCCCACCGCCAGCGCUCUGCCUACCAUUGUCCCAAUCCUACAAGGCCUACUGUUCAAGGCCUAGUGAACCAAAAUCCUCGGCUGAAAGCCACCCACUGAACCCCGCCCCCCACCACCGAUUUGCCUGUGAUCUGUUCAACCCCUGAGCAACUAACUGAAUAUUUCCCCGUAGUUGCCAGAUAGCGUCUGAUCAGAAAAAAACUUGCCCCAGCUCAAAGGACCCUCUGCGUGAGUUCAGACCAAGUUGGUUCACUGCCUCCUGGGCCCGGCUUCCUCAUUUCCAUGGCGACCAGACACGACAGUUCUAUCGCACUGUGACUUUUGCCCCCACGCCUGCCCCCUCCAUCAGAUCCCCCCUCAGCCUGCCCCACUCCAGGGAGAACAGACAUUGCCUCUCCAGUCUCUCCUCAUAACUGAAACACUCCGUCCCGGGCAACGUUCUGGGGAAUCUCCUCUGCACCCUCUCCAGUGCAGUCACCUCCUUCCUGUAGUGUGGAGACCAGAACUGGACACUAUACUGCAGCUGUGGGCUGGACAACGUUUCUGGACAGGACCCUUCACCAGGACUGUUUAUUCAUUAAAAAUAAAAUCAGGAAA